UUUCCUGAACUCCUCACACGUCGUAUUCCACCUCGGUUGUCACCCGGCGCUUUAUCAUCAGUGACCAAACUAAAACGGAAAGAUAACGUUUACCGCGUGACAAAAACAGGAAUGUGACUUUCCCAGACCCCUGAAUUCAGUGGUGUUGCGGCUCAAGGACGAGUUACACUGGACGCGACAAAAUGCGCUAAACACCCGACAUCAUCAGGUAACUCACACUUAUCGAUAUGAAUUGGGGGUUAGUUUUCGUAGUCACGUUUGCAAUUCUUUUUGCUUCAAAAUCAACUCGAGCUGAACCCGAGGAGAUUCAGAAUUCCCCCGUCGUUCACACCGAGUCUGGAGCAGUUAUCGGUAAAAUUGAAGCCCUUCCAAACGGUAAAUCAGUGUAUGAGUAUCUUGGUAUCCCAUAUGCAGAGCCUCCAGUUGAAGGGUUGAGGUUUGCAGCUCCAAAGCCCAUCAAACCUUGGACGGGGAUAAAACAAGCCACUGAGUUUGGAGCAACUUGUGGACAACCGGCACUGAACUAUCCUAAUGCCGGCCUUUUUCAUCCAGGGAGUGAUGAAGAGGACUGUCUUUUCCUGAACGUUUUCGUUCCAUCGACAAUUAAACCCGACGAAAAGAUGGUUGUAAUGGUUUUUAUUUAUGGCGGUGGAUACACAGAAGGUUCCUCUUCUUCGUACCCUGGUGCAGUCUUGGCCGCCUUCAAUGAUGUAAUUUUUCUGUCAUUUAAUUACCGAAUAGGAAUACUGGGAUUUUUCAACGUUCCUGGCACUGAUAUCACAGGAAAUUAUGGGAUGUUGGAUCAGGUUCUGGCAUUGAAGUGGGUUCAAAAUAACAUUGCGAGUUUUGGUGGCGAUCCAAACAAAGUGACCAUAUUUGGUGAAAGUGUUGGGGGAAAUAGUGUCUCCCUCCAUUUAAUCUCGCCAUUAUCCAAAGGCCUCUUUCAAAGAGCCAUCAUACAAAGUGGCGCAGCCUCUUCGCCUUUAUUUUGUGGAAAAGUCACUCAGCCAAAACAGUUGGAACUUUUUGCAAAGGCUAUAAACUGUCCCUUCACUUUGGGGUUAAGUUUGGUGGAGUGUGCACGAGGUAAAUCAGCUAAUGAAAUCAUCAAAGGACAGGAAGGAGUUUCUCAUGCUAAUUAUCAUGGCCCACUUGACAUCUUAGCUCCUGUAGUUGAUGGCCACUUUCUGCCAGAUCUGCCUGAAAAUCUGUUUAACACCGGCAAAUUUCAUUCAGAAGUUGACGUAAUUACUGGUUUCACUGACAACGAAGGUGCUAUGAUGGCCAUGUUCUUGCCACAACUGGUCCAAAAUGGAACGAGUCUGGACACCUUCAAAUAUCUUGUAACGAAAGGAUUGCUUUAUGCUCGGGAAAAGAGUAAACUAAUAGAGGACUUUAUCUUAUUCGAGUAUACUCACCAUGCAGACCCCGAUGACAAGGCUGCCCAUCGACAAUCAUUGAUGGACGUCAUUGGUGAUGCAUAUUUUGUAGCGCCUGCCCUACUUGAAGCCAAUGCUUUAGCAAAGGGAGGGAGGCCGCCAUUUGUAUACGUUUUCGAUUACCAGGCAGUCUUCUCGCCUUUGCCUGAGUGGUUUGGAGCUGUGCAUGGCAUGGAUGUCCCGUUUGUGUUCGGUGCACCUUUUCAAAGCUUGUCGGAACCGAUCAUUGAUAAGCUGGCAUCAAGAUUUUCUGACAUUGAAAAAGGGCUGAGCUUGUAUGUCAUGAAAAUGUGGACGGACUUUGCCAAAUAUGGAUCCCCGACGCCCCCCGAGUCAGGACCCUCACCCGUCACUUGGCCUAAAUUUACAGAGCAAGACCAGGAAUAUCUUAUCAUUGGCUUGAAACCAAAGACUAAACGCAGAUACAGGGCAAGAAGAGUGAAAUUUUGGAAUGAGAUUGUUCCUAAACUGACGGAGUUAUCACAAAUGCAGAAGAAGGAAGUUAAAACGCAAACAACAAAAGACGAGCUGUAAACGAUUACGAAAACAAAGCAUUUUUACCACAGAACUGUGAACUUUUAAAAGCUCCUUACAUCGAUGCACUUUUGUCUUUAGAAAGGAACAAUCGCUUUCUAUUUCAGUCUUUUUCAUUCCCAUGCAGAUUCGAAAUCUUUUGGUUAACAGAUAUCUUUGUUCUAGCAGCUGUGCAUUUUAUUUCAGGAUUAAAGCUCAAAAUAACACUCAAA